AUGGAUCCAAAUGAGAAUCUUUAUAUUCGAAAUAUCGUUUUAUCUUAUUUGAAAACAUGUUUAAUUAAUCGUGAGUCACAAAAGAAAACUCAAGAAGAUAUUGCAAAAAAACGAAUGACUAUACUUAAUGUUAUUAUUGAAGAUAAACUAGAAGCAGAAAUUCAAACUGUUUAUGCUAUUCAAAAUUUUGUUAAUAAACUUGAACAUCCACCAAAAAUCGCUCGACUAUUAUUCGAUAUAUUCUAUGAUGAAGAAUGUAUAACUGAAAAGGCAUUUUUUGAAUGGCUUAAGCAUCCAGAUCAAUCUGAAACUGAAGGGCAUGCUAUUGUUCAAACGUCAACAACAGAUUUUUUUACUGGGUUACAAUAG